CCGGGCGGGCGGAGGGGCCGCGGGUGCGGGGCGGGCUCCGCGCGAGGCGGGCGAGGGCUCCGCGCGGCCCCAUGCUGCUGCCGCUGGCGUGCCUGCACGGGCGGGUGGCGCAGUGCCUCACCUCCUUGCUGGUGCUCGCAGAGCCGCUCCCCAGGCCCCGGCGCGGCGGCGGGAGGGAGCGCGGCGCGGCGCGCCCCAAGGCCGAGGCCCGCCCCGCCGCCCGGCCCACGAAGAUGGCCGCGGAGCUGUACCCGACCCCCGGCGCGGACGCCGAGGCCACCGACAUCGCCAACAGCAACGCCGCGGGCAGGAAGGCCAGCCCCUGCAGCCCGCCCCGCCCGGCGCCCGCCCCGCCGCCGUCCCCACCCGCGACGCCGGCCCCGGACAACAACAACCCGGAGAGUCCCCACUGGCAGUCCUUCCACCCGACUCUGCGCGAGAGGAACGCGCUGAUGUUCAACAACGAGCUCAUGGCCGACGUGCACUUCAUCGUGGGGCCCCUGGGGGCGUCCAGGCGCGUGCCUGCCCACAAGUACGUCUUGGCCGUGGGCAGCUCUGUCUUCUAUGCCAUGUUCUACGGGGACCUUGCGGAAGUCAAGUCUGAAAUUCACAUUCCUGACGUGGAGCCUGCUGCCUUCUUGGUCUUACUAAAGUACAUGUACAGCGAUGAGAUCGACCUGGAGGCAGACACAGUACUUGCCACUCUGUAUGCUGCUAAGAAGUACAUUGUGCCUGCGCUAGCCAAAGCCUGUGUCAACUUUCUGGAGACAAGUCUGGAAGCCAAAAAUGCCUGCGUCCUGCUGUCCCAGAGCCGGCUAUUUGAGGAGCCUGAGUUGACCCAACGCUGUUGGGAGGUCAUUGAUGCACAGGCUGAGAUGGCUCUGAGGUCCGAAGGCUUCUGUGAAAUUGACCGGCAGACACUGGAGAUCAUCAUGACCAGAGAGGCCCUCAACACCAAGGAGGCUGUGGUCUUUGAGGCUGUCCUGAACUGGGCAGAAGCAGAGUGCAAGAGGCAGGGCCUGCCAGUCACUCCACAUAACAAAAGGCACGUCCUGGGGCGGGCUCUCUAUCUUGUCCGAAUUCCAACCAUGACCCUGGAGGAGUUUGCCAAUGGUGCUGCACAGUCAGACAUCCUGACCUUGGAGGAGACCCACAACAUCUUCCUAUGGUACACAGCUGCCAACAAGCCUCUCCUGGACUUCCCUCUAACCAAGAGGAAGGGCCUGGCCCCACAGAGGUGCCACCGGUUCCAGUCUUCUGCCUAUCGCAGCAACCAGUGGCGGUACCGGGGGCGUUGUGACAGCAUCCAGUUUGCAGUGGACAGAAGGGUGUUUAUUGCCGGGCUGGGCCUGUAUGGGUCCAGCUCUGGGAAGGCUGAGUACAGUGUGAAGAUAGAACUCAAGCGACUAGGAAUGGUCCUGGCUCAGAACCUGACCAAGUUUGUAUCAGACGGAUCCAGCAACACCUUUCCAGUCUGGUUUGAGCACCCGGUCCAAGUAGAACAGGACACCUUCUACACUGCCAGUGCUGUCCUGGAUGGCAGUGAGCUCAGCUACUUUGGGCAGGAGGGGAUGACGGAAGUACAGUGUGGGAAGGUGGCUUUCCAGUUCCAGUGCUCCUCAGACAGCACCAAUGGGACUGGAGUCCAGGGUGGGCAAAUCCCAGAGCUCAUCUUUUAUGCAUGAGGCCGUAACAGGGCUUGGCACCUGCUCUUCCUCAUAGGGAGGCCACCCAGGAAGUGUGUGGUAGGUGCAGGACACUGCUGACUGCCUUACUCACACUGGUACAGCUCCUUCUCCAAGCAGCCAGGGCCUGAUGGCUGAGGCCUAGGUGUCUCCUGUACACUGAGGUACACGUCUCAAGAAGGUGGGCAGGUGUAAGGCAGGCCCCAUAUACCUGCCCAGUGGCACUCAACAACUUUGGGGGCACUUGGAUAUUUCUCCUACCCUUUUGGAUUCUAGGUGGCUCUAGGCUUACCUUGAGACCUGUCCUUCAAAACCCAAAUUGCUGAAAAGUCACUUAAAAUAGUUCAUCUAUUUAAGUGGAUUUUCGUAAUAAAGGUUUAACAAAACCAGAACCACGUGUAGGUAAAGUGACUUAAGAGUUAUAUAAAUUGGGGUGUUCUCUUUCUCAGACAGCUGAGAAUAGCUGCCAUGAAUAAGCCAUAUAUAAUUGCUGAACCGUGCUGAAUGGUCAGAAAACACAUCGUGAGGGAGCCUUUCUGUCCCUGAGACUCCUGUAUGGUGUCCAGGCUGGCUCCCUCUCCAGGGCUACAGCUAGGACACUGUGGAAGGCCAGGUAUAUGGCCGUUGCUGUGUGCAGAGCAUCAAAGUCCUACGGCAGGAGACAAAUUCGAGAUGCUGGCUGUGCUUCACUGUGCGUACACUGGGUGAAGCAACUCCCUAGCCCCUGUGUCUUUGUUCUCCACAGCUAUUUGCUUUGUCCUGGAAAACCUUGGCCUGACCAAGGACUGUCCCCACCAGCAGUGACAUGGUACAUGGUGUCGGCCCCAGCCCAGUGUGCUUCUGUGGUUGCUGCCAAGCACCAGGAUCUCAGAUGACACACACUGUAUUCCCGGCCCUCUACCCCAGCCCCAGGUAGUGCUUUGUUACUACAGACGACACUUGAGACAUUGAUGGAUCAAGAGUAAGGAGAAGGCCACCAACCACCCUUCUUGAUAAUAAAAGUUAUAGAAAGGCAGUGGCUGGGAAAGCACCUGCCUCCCAAGAGCUGUCAUCCUUCUGAGGAGGCUGUGCCUUCCUCAAGGCACCUGCAGGCCAAGUAUUAUCAAACCCUGU